CGCAGUAAGCAUUAUCAGCAGGGUCGCCGUCGGCGCUGUGCCACUAGUAAACUGCUGCGAGCCUGUUGCAGUUGACCGCGCGCGAUCAACCUGCGCACGCGCAUCCACACCUAUAUUGUAAGAGAGCUGGGAAACGAUCCGUCGCGGCACAAUACCGACGAACGUACAAUAUCAACAUGAAGUCCGAGAAGCAGACCAAUAUGACAAAAGCGCCAAGCGUGUUUUCAAUCAGCCAAGAUGGCAGCAAUGUUUCGGAAGGGUACGGCAUGUUCAAGUCUCGGGAGCAGAUCCUGCCUGCGGACAAGUCGCAAUAUCAAUUGGAGGAUGGUAACGAGCCGGAACCAGCGCCUGGUUACCAGAUCACUCAUCCUACAUCGUAUGCCGAUACCCUUCUCCAUAUACUCCGCGGCAACAUCGGCAGCGGGCUGCUGGCGAUGGGUGACGCCUUCAAGAACGGAGGUAUCUUGUUCGCACCCAUCGUGACCGUCCUACUGGGCAUUAUAUGUGUACAUGCCCAGCACUUAUUGUUAAAUUGUUCAGAAGAGAUGAACCGACAGACAAAAAGGGACAAGUCUGCUAAUUUCGCGGACACUGUGUACCUGGUGUUCGCGCACGGCCCGCCACGUCUGCGCCCAGUCGCCUCCACCAUGAAGUUCUUAGUCAACGGCUUCCUCUGUAUCACACAACUGGGCUUCUGUUGCGUCUACAUAGUGUUUAUAGCGAACAAUCUGAAAUUGAUUUGCGACCAGUACGGCUUCAAUAUAGACCUCUCCAUCCACAUGAUACUGGUAGUAGUGCCGGUGCUACUGGCAUGUAUGGUUCGCAACCUGAAGUACUUGACGCCUUUCUCCACUAUCGCCAACAUAAUGAUGGCGGUUGGCGUAAGCAUGGUGGUGUACGAGGCCGCCCAGGAUCUGCCACCCGUGAGCACCAGGGUCUACAUGGCUACGUGGCAGCAACUCCCGUUGUAUUUUGGAACUGCUAUAUACGCGUUUGAAGGCAUCGGACUGGUAUUGCCUUUGAAGAACGAGAUGCGCCGCCCGGAACAUUUCCAGAAGCCGUUGGGUGUGCUAAAUGUGGGCAUGGUGGUGGUGGUGUCGAUCGUGGUCACAGUCGGCUUCCUUGGGUUCCUCAAAUGGGGUGAUGACGUGCAGGGCAGUCUCACACUUAAUUUGGCACCAGGCGUUCUGAGCAAUGUGGUGCAGAGUCUGAUCGCGCUGGCGAUACUCUUCACGUACCCGCUCCAGUUCUACGUUCCUAUUGACAUCACGUGGCCGUACCUGAGGAAGAAAUUCGCCACGACCUCACCAAUACUCAAGGAACUCGUAUACAGAGGACUCCUUGUGAUGAUCACUUUUAUAUUGGCGGAGUCGGUACCAGAGCUGGGCCUGUUCAUAUCGCUAGUGGGCGCCGUGAGCAGCACAGCGCUGGCGCUUAUGUUCCCGCCCAUCAUCGACAUGGUGCUCAGGUCGCAGCAACCGGAUGGCCUGCGCCUCCACACGGCCGUCAAAGAUUGCGCCAUCCUCCUGCUCGGCCUCGUCGUGUUCGUUACAGGCACUUACGAGAGUUUAGCAUCCAUCGUGAGAGCGUUCAGACAGUAAUUCAAACUACCUAGCUAUAUCCUCGUCAUUAAGGUAAUUGUUACAUAUAGUUGUAAGUUAAAAAUUUGAUCUUUAACAUUAAUUACAGUGUACAUCAAUUCUUGUAUGUAAUGAAAUUAUUAUAAACACAAAUAUUCAGCAUUAGUAUCCAAAUUGUUAGAUAUUAAUAAGAGUAGUUGUUGUAGUUUAUGGACUACUAAGUGACAUCAACACCUACCUGGAACUAGUAAUAGAAUAAAUAUAGUGAGAAUAUUUUUACGUGUAUUACAUAUUUUUAGUUAUUAUACGAAUUCGUAAAAUAAGAAUAACAGGGUAUCACGGAAAGGACAACAACCGGAAAGUAAGACAUGCUCGAAAUGGAGAAAUAAUUCUUGAAUUUCAUAUCUCGUUAUCGCGCCUGUCUUCUGAAUAGAUUUCAAAGAACAAAACAAACAAUAUCGGAAGACUUAUACUUUUCUGAGCUAAAAACUUAUUAGAAUGUCACUUUUAAGAAUAAUGGCAAAUUCUCGGAAUGGUGAAAAUUUGGAUUAUUUUAUAGUGACUGUGUACCUUCCUAUCCGUUACAACCUACAUACAUGUAUGUAGAGAUAUGUUUAUAUAAUAAUAUUGUAUUAAAAUAUAGUAAGAACGUGUGUGAUACUAAUUGUACAGGGAUACACAUCGCAGCUGACGCUGCUCUGUUUUAUAAUAUUGUUAAUAUUUAUUUGUAUUAAGGCAGGUAUUUUAAUUUAUAAUUUAUGCUUUAUGUGUUUUAUGUAUAAUUAAGUGUAGUAUCUAAACUUAUAGUUUUAUAUUUAUGUCCAUCUGAUGUUAUACGAU